AUGCAGUUCGUCAAGUCGCCCGACUUCACCCGCUCCGAAUCGGAGCACAAUGGCUCUGUGCGCCGCCUCACCGCGCCAGGCUACACCCCCCUCAACUCCUUCUCCGACCGCAAGCCGUCGCCGCUGAGCCGCUUCCACUCGGCCGCCGAACCGCCGCUGUCCUUCACCAUCCAAGCCUCAUCCUCCGCCUGCAGCACCCCCAGCCACACCACGCCCGCAGACGCCGCGGCCACAGAGUCGCGCCUGGUGCCGCCGCUCGCCGACUCCCCGGCACACGCCUUCCUCCUGCCCGCCGCCCCCGCCGCGCUGCCGCCGGCGCGGUGGCUGGUGCAGCCCCCAGCCCCGCUGCUGAUGCAGCCCCCUCACCUGCAACAGGCGGCGGCGGCGGCACCGGCUGAGCCCCAGGCUGAGCAGCCUGUGGUGCCGACCCGCUUCGGGCGCCUGCGGGCCAGGCUGGCGGCAGCUGGCGCCAGCCUGCGCGCCCGGCUCAGCAGGGCGGCGUGCCUCUCCUGCCCUGCGGUGGCCGAGUAG